AUGUCUUCUCACAAGACUUUUAGGAUCAAGAGAUUCCUGGCAACAAAACAGAAGCAGAAUCAGCCCAUUCCCCAAUGGAUUCAGAUGAAAGCUGGUAACACAGUGAGGUACAACUCCAAGAGGACACAGUAG